AUGAAUGCGGAGGCUUUGCUGAAAAAGUUAGAUAGUAUGAUUUCCAUUAUCCUAAGUGGAACAGGGCUAAUGGAAAUUGAAGAAUUGCAAGCGGAUCCUAGUCUCCCAGUUCGCUUGUGGAAAAUUCUUCUCAAUCGUGUGUCAUUAAAAAAUGCGGAAGCGUCAUUCAAAAACUGCUUACUCUUGCUGAAAUAUUUGGAUAAAAUUGGUGUUUAUUUGGAUUGUAACACCGUUCUGAAUGACUUGAGCUCUGUCAUUUUUGCAAUUGGCAUAGACAAUUCUGGUGCUAUGUCGGAUGAAGCUUGGAUAUACCUCAUUAUUUUGAUUGAGAACUGUCUUUUACUUUCAUCUUUUAUGUCUGACCAUAUUGCUGAUGUGAGUCUUCUGCCUGUUUUGGCACACUUGUACUCCCAUAUACUUGAAAUUGUGCGAAGCCAGAGAGGCAAUAAAGUCAGACUUCGGGCCAUUUCUUCAAUUGAAGUUUUUGUGGAUCGUUUUAAUAAGAUUUCCAGUGGCGGUAUAUCGUAUGUGCGUGCAUUACGUGCUUCAUAUUUCUCGAAAAUACUCCCUGGCAUUUCGCAAGCUCUUUUUGCCGCUGUUGUGGGUGAAAAGGGCAGAAACUCGGCCAUUAAAGCUAGUGCUCUUCGGACCUUAUCUAAACUGGUCGUUGUUUGCGUUGGAAAUGAAACUUUACAAGAUGUCGAAUCUUUGGAUAAGGAAAUCUUGGACGAGAUUCAGUUAAAAGACUACUUCUCCUUUGUGGAAAACGCCAUAUCUCCACUUGGGAAGCUUUUAAAAUUUUGUUCCACGUCCAUACUCUCUGAACCAAUAAUUUACAGUCCCUCGGCAAAAGACCGAUUGUUCCUUGCACUUUCUGAUUUUUCAUCGGAUAUACUAUGCAAUUGCUGGAGAUUUCUCAACCUGAACACAGAUGCACAGUCAUUGCGAGAUCAUCUUCUCAGCUCUCUUAUUAUCGUUGAUGUUGACGACAGUUGUUCUUCACUCAAAAAAGCCUCUAAAGUUCUUUUAGAAAUUUCAAAACGGGACUUUCCAACACUGACCACUAAGGAUUUUUCCGGAUUAAAUUUUGUGGGUUUAUCUGGCCGAGAGGUUAUCGAUGAUAUUGCACGCCAAAUUUUGUUGGAUGUGUCGGAGGAGCUUGCAGCAAGUUUACAAAAGUGCUCAGAUGAGAACAUUUGCCGAUCUCUGCUUGGUCGAAUGUGUGGUGUUCUGAAAUUCUUGGGUGUUAAGGGGAUCUCCCGAUUCAAUGAAAAUGAAAGUAAUUUAAAAUCUUGUCUUACUACUCUGUGUAAAUACUUGGAGCUCGAUGUUGACACUGUAUGCCUAAUUGAUGAGGUCACCUCAUUGCCCACUGGGACAUGUUCAACUGUCCAGCUUUUCAGAAAGUACUUUGUACAUUUCCGGAAUCCGGCAAACCUCUACCGAGUGUUGGAGGUGGUUUGUCUGCUAACCUGUUCAUGUUUAAACUUUGAUUGUGUAAGUCAAAUGUUUGUGCGAAUCAUGGAGUCUGAUGCGGAUCUUGAGGUCUCGUCCAUUCUUCUCCUUUCUGCGUGUGCCUCUGGCCUUUCCCGUUGUGAUGACCAACCUGUCUCAGAAAGGAUUAGUCUUGUCGUCACUUUGUUGGACAGACUGUCCGAACGAAGUCCUCUCCAGUUGAAUUCUGAAACAGAUCAGACUGCUAUCACGCAAUGGCCUCCAUCUGAACAGCCGAUAAUUGAUGCAUUUCCUACUCUUACUACAAAAGAGCAAAAAUUCAGGUGUUUGAAAGCCUGCACUUUCAUGGAACUUCUUGCCACUGCCUCAAUGAUUUGGGGCUCAUCUGCGGAGGAAGGAGCUACCUAUCCGGAUGAAAUGCAAACAUUUAUUUUACAAAUGUUUGGCCUUGCAACCGGUGCCGGACUGAUCGCCUCGACCGCUCAAAGAGCCCUUUCAUCUAUCUCCACGAAUUGUGGCUAUUCCAGGUUCGAGGAAUUCACUUGUGCCGCAUCUGAACCCAUUCUCUCAUCCCUAACCAUCGACUUCCAUGCAGUUCUGCUCUCUAUACCAUCGGAUAAUUCAGCAUUCUCUACGUCUCCGUUGUUUAUAAAGUUAGAGACCGCUUGUCGAGCUCUCUCCUACCUUGUGGACAACACGACUUUUGAGGCAAUUCAACGAGUACAACCUGUCGUCAUGCAAAUGCUUAUUUGUAUGGAUCUGAGCUACGAGUUCGCGGCGUCUGUUUUUUUGCCCGUCCUUCGCAAGAUUGUCGGUUUUUGCCUGCGACCAAAUCCAACUAACGUUGAGAGUAGUGGCGAUUCUAGGCGCCCUCUUCCGCUAUAUUCGUCAACAACAAUCGGCUCGGAAGUUAGUUUUAUCGAAAAGUUAAAAAACCGGAGAAACGAUAAGGCCGUUACAUCCAAUUGCAUGAAGAAGGCUCUGAAGAUGACCUCUGCCUUGGUUAAUUUGACGCGUAGGCAACAUAGCUAUGCCUUUAGUGAGUCGCCUUCGCACACUGACCAGACUCUGACUACUUCAACAUCUUCUGAUGAACAGGCGACUUUUGAUGCCCAACAGGACCAACCGAUCACCCGUCCCACCCACAUAAGGCUGGCUGAAGAGAUAAUGCUCCGUACCAUUCACAUGAUGUCGAGCAGUUACACCCGACUCAAGGUGUUGGCAAUGUCCCUUCUCUGUGACGGUUGUUCUCGUUUAACUGAUGAAGAUGUUCUUUUACCCUUGGUUCACAAAAUCUGGUCCCCACUGUUGGCAAGAAUGCAAGAUCGUAAUCCUGCGGUCGUUGAAAAGGCUUUUGAACUGUUUGCAACGCUAACCUCCGCAGCGGGAUCCUUCAUUCGAUCUCGAGCGUCAACCGAUUUGAUUGGGUCUCUAGUGACAUUUCUGGAGCGCGGAGCUUCCGUCAGUGCGGGAGCCACAUCAUCAUUUGAGUGUCUCACUGCUUGUCGUGUCCAGAGGCGGCUUCUUUACGCAAUUGGACCUAUAUGUGUACAGUUGGAGCUAUUUUCUAGUACAUUACAACCUGUGGUGAAAGUGCUGUGUACGUAUACUGAUAGUGAUCAACCCUCGAUUUUGAGAGAGGCGGCCGCAAGUUCUCUUUGGAAACUCUAUGACCUGGAUCCGGGAGUUGUGGCAUACGAGCUAACUGAACACGGAUUUCUGGACCAUUAA